CCCACCAAUAUAUAAACACUCGUCCCGUCUCUCUUCUUACGCAACAACGCCAAAAGGUGGCAUCAAAUUCUUUCAUUUUCUCUCUCCUCCCUCCGCAUAAUCACCCGUUGAACCUCCCAUUUUGUGGCUAGAGAGAGAAAAAAAAUGGAGGAUAUAGAUGAUCUUCCAAAAAACCCAGCAAAUUACACUCCUCUCACUCCCCUUUGGUUCUUGGAAAGAGCCGCUACGGUUCACCCCACCAGAACUUCCGUAGUCCAUGGCUCUCUACGCUACACGUGGCUUCAGACUUAUCAUCGCUGCCGUCAAUUGGCCUCCGCCCUUUCCCAACGCUCCAUUGUUGCUGGUUCUACGGUAUCAAUUAUUGCUCCAAAUAUCCCAGCCAUAUACGAGGCUCAUUUUGGGGUUCCAAUGUCAGGAGCUGUGUUGAACACAGUUAAUAUUCGUCUGAAUGCACAGACUAUUGCGUUCUUGCUUGGCCAUUCUGCAUCAGAAGUUGUAAUGGUGGACCAAGAAUUCUUUACUUUGGCAGAGGAGGCAUUAAAAAUCGUGGCUGAUAAAAGCAAAGGCAACUUCAAGCCACCAAUUUUAAUUGUCAUAGCUGAUGAAAGUUGUGAUCCUAAAGGACUCCAAUAUGCAUUGAGCAGAGGUGCAAUUGAGUAUGAAAAGUUCCUGGAGACAGGUGACCCGGAAUAUGCUUGGCAACCACCAAAAGAUGAGUGGCAGAGUAUUACACUUGGUUAUACUUCUGGUACAACCGCAAGCCCUAAGGGUGUGGUCUUGCAUCAUCGUGGAGCUUAUGUCAUGGCCUUGAGUUGUGCUCUAAACUGGGGGAUGACCGAGGGUGCUACUUACCUUUGGACUCUACCUAUGUUCCAUUGUAAUGGAUGGUGUUACACUUGGACUCUAGCUGCUAUGUGUGGUACCAGUAUAUGUCUUCGGCAGGUGAGUGCUAAGGGGGUUUACCAAGCCAUAGCCAAACAUGGUGUUACUCAUUUCUGUGCGGCUCCUGUGGUGCUCAACACUAUCGUCAAUGCAAAAAAAGAGGACACAGUCCUUCCUCUGCCACAUGUUGUGCAUGUCAUGACAGCUGGCGCUGCUCCGCCUCCUUCUGUGCUCUUUGAGAUGUCCCGUCUUGGCUUCCGUGUGGCCCAUACAUACGGGCUUUCUGAAACUUCCGGGCCCUCUACAAUAUGUGCCUGGAAACCAGAGUGGGACUCUCUCCCGCCUGAAGAACAAGCCCGGCUUAACGCAAGGCAAGGUGUUAAGUACAUUGGUUUGGAAGGCCUUGACGUUGUCAACACUCAAGACAUGAAGCCGGUACCUGCUGAUGGAAAGACAGUUGGGGAAAUUGUUUUCCGAGGGAAUGCAGUGAUGAAGGGUUAUUUAAAGAAUCCGAAAGCUAACGAGGAGGCUUUUGCAAAUGGGUGGUUCCAUUCAGGGGACUUGGCUGUGAAACACCCAGAUAACUAUAUUGAAAUCAAAGACAGAUCAAAGGACAUAAUCAUAUCUGGUGGUGAGAAUAUUAGUAGUGUGGAAGUAGAAAACAUUCUUUACUUCCACCCGGCAAUAUUGGAGGUAUCAGUGGUAGCUAGACCUGAUGAGAGGUGGGGUGAGUCCCCUUGUGCAUUUGUGACAUUGAAACCGGAUGUUGAUCAAUCGGAUCAGCAGCGUUUGGCCGAGGAAAUAAUGAAGUUUUCUCGGGCUAAGAUGCCCGCUUACUGGGUUCCAAAAUCUGUUGUGUUUGGUCCUUUGCCAAAGACUGCAACUGGAAAGAUACAGAAGCAUAUAUUGAGAACGAAAGCUAAAGAGAUGGGACCUUUGAAGAAGAGUCGAUUGUAAGUAUACUGUACACUUGAUCUUUGAUGUUUUCUGUUGUUUUCAUUCCGUUUUCUAUAGAUUAAUUAUUGGAAUACGUUGAGUAAUAAAAUAUGCUUGCUGUAAAAAGAAAAGAAAAAAAGAGAGAAAAAGCACAAAAGCACAAAAAAGAGGCUUGUCUCUGAAGAGCGUUGUAAAAUUUAUGUUGAAAACGUUGUUUUUGUUGUGUUGAUUGAACAAUUUGUAUUACACGAAUGAAUUUGUAAUGAUAAUAUUGAUGAUGGUACGGCAAUGGAAAAUGAGAAAAGAGUUUCAGUAUUUGCAGCA